CAGGUAAAGAAUUACAUCAUCCGGUGUGACUGCAUCAUCGCUAAAUCAGUUACUCAAUAUUUGUAAAUUGUAACGGUUCGGCGUUUGCGUUGUAAAAGUUAACUUAUAUAGUUACUAAAUUUUGGUUAUUGUGUUACACUGCUAGUGAUACUGUGCUAGUAAAAAACACACAGUUAACCCCACGAGCACUUAAGUUUCAAAAUUGCUUGAUUAUUUUUGAUAGCUAUUCUAAAAGUCUAGUAUUAUAUGUAGUUUAGACGUUUAGUUUAAGAAUUAGAGUUUACUGUUUAGUGGUAUUACUAAUACUAAUAAUACUGCUACUUCAUACCGUAGUACACGACCACACACAUUUAUCGUGGUGAACCGUUUUUAUAAUUUACAAGCUAGACAAAACUUAGAGCAACUGUAAAGUAGAAAAUGUCGUUGAAUACAGCGCAUGCCAACGGUGGAGUGUUGAUCUUUAAUGGUGAAUGCAUAUUGAUUUACUGUGAUGGAGUGGAACUACAGUUUGAAGGAUCUGAUGCCAAGCAAUUUCACGGAAACAAAAAAGGAAGAAUUUAUCUCACCACGCAUCGGGUAAGGCUUAACAUUCUACAGCAGCCUGUAUUUGGAGCUAAUUACAUCAAAGGAAAAGUAAAGGCUCAGAUUGGAGGGAACUGGACUGGUGAAGCAGUAUUUAAGCUGAAAUUUAUGAAUGGAGGAGCUAUUGAGUUUGGCCAAGCAAUGCUGGAAGCUGCCAAAAUUGCCACGAGGAACAUGUCUGGAGCACCUCCACCAUAUACACCUCCUUCUGGUCCUUUUUAUCCAGCGGCCACACAAGCUUACGCCCCCCCACCUGGAGUGUAUUAUGGAUUUGUUCCUCCAACACACAUUUUUCCUACAGCCCCACCAGCAAACAGCGUUUACAUGACUGACUUACCACCACCUUACCCUGGAGUCAACAGUUCGCCUAUGUAUGCAGGAGCAUCAGUAGGUGCCGAUGCAAAAUCCCAGGAGGCAGCACAGAGUGCUUAUUAUAACCCAGGCAACCCUGGUUAUGCCUAUAUGCCUCCACCUCCAAAUUAUCAAGAUCAAGGGGCACCCCCAUCCUACUCGGAAGCAACCAAGAAAAGUCUUUAACUCUUCAAGAUAGAGAGAGAGAUUAACGAAAACUUUUUAUUAUUUGAUUUAAAGAACUGGUUUGUCAGAUUUGUAAAAUGGCAUUAACUAAUUAUUUUGUAUUAGUGAAUUCUGAUAAAAAAAAUAGUACCUCUUAGCUUGUAAUAUUUUAAUAUGCAUCAGUGAUUGGCUAGCUUUGAGUACCAGAUAAACUGUUUCUAUAUAAAAGUGAAAUAACUAGAUGUGGUAUUAAAUUGAUGUAUAUAUAAUAUUUUCUUCUACUAGUUUAACACUAGAAAUUUGUAUUGACACUGCUUUAAAAUAAAAAUAGCAAGAUUGGGUUUAGGUUUCUUUAGGAAAAUAGUUCCGCUUUGAAGUUAUUUCUUUGAUAUUAUGUGUAUUAGUUAUAGAAAUAAUCAAAAUUUUGUCUAAAAAAAAUUGCAUUUCUGAUUUUUUUUCCUCUAAACUGGAUGAUUCCUGUACUUAUUAAAAAUAUGGUUACUGCUAAUAGCCUUUCAGUAAUUAAUGUCCAUUAGUAAACAUUUAAUUAAAAUGAUUUUAGAUUAAACAUGUUUGUAUUUAAAUAAAAUUUCUUAGAGAAUUUGUCAAAUUUAACAUUGUUGCAGUGAUUGGUUUAAUACAGCCAGUGGUUUCAUAUCUGUAUAAUUUUCUAACAAAAGUCAGAUUGAUAUUUUUAAUAUCUCAAAAGUUGAAUGAUGUCAAAAAGAUGUCUGUAUCUAUAAACAAUUUUAUCAGUGUAAAUGUUAUGUACAGAAAAAUUAGCAAUGAAUACAUUCCUGAUUUUUCUUGUUUGUUUCACUUACAAAACAUAUUCAAUUCAAAAUUGUAUAUAAAAAUUACUCUCUUGAUAUCUUUAGAUUCACCUGACACGAGGGCUUUCUAGUCAAAAUGGCUACUAUUUUACUCACUAUGUAGUUACUUGCACUUAUUUUUCUCACAAAAAGUUUCAGAUAAACAGAAUGAUGCUUUUAAAUACAAAAUUACUGUGUGUAAAACCAGAUCUAUAAAACAUGACGACCAGAGGUGAAAAGUCGUAUUCAUAGAUGUUAAAUCUACAGCCACUUUUACUUCACUAUUAUAUAAUUUGAUACAAGUUCUCUGAUUCUUUGACAUUCCAAUGUCUCCUUCUAGAUCUUCAUGUUAUUUUUAACACUAGUAUUCCACUUGUGUUUCUGUUUCAGCUCUGAUUCGAGUCCUUUAUAUUUUGGAUAACAUAUAAACGUAAGGUAUUGAUAAAUCGUAUGUUUAACAUAAUAGUGACUGUUAUUGAAUAUUUUUAAUGUUAUGAAAUGAUGGAAAUGUACGUUCAACUUAAACUGAGAAAUAAAAACCAUUAAAGUUAGUUCGUUAUUGUCAUGAUGUACGUUCAACUUAAACUGAGAAAUAAAAACCAUUAACGUUAGUUCGUUAUUGUGUUGUCAUGAUGUACGUUCAACUUAAACUGAGAAAUAAAAACCAUUAAAGUUAUUUGGUUAUUGUGUUGUCAUGAUGUACGUUCAACUUAAACUGAGAAAUAAAAACCAUUAAAGUUA